GUCCGGCUUCAUAUUUCCUCAACUCCCCCGACUCCUCCACUCCCCCCCUUACUACCAAUCUAUACCAGCCGAAGAGACAAAAUUCAAGAUGGAUCGUCAAUCUGUAUACUCGUUGAGCGUGCUGCCGCCAGAUUACGACACCACUGAAGAUACUCGUGGCCAGGUCCAGGCCCAACUGGAACAGUUUCUUCUCCAGUUUCGACUCGACAACGCCUUCAUCUACAGAGACCAGAUCCGCGAGAAUGUUCUCCUCAAACAGUACUAUUGCGACGUCGAUGUUGGACAUCUCAUCUCUUUCAAUGAAGAGCUCGCCCACAGACUCGUCACUGAGCCCGCAGAGAUCAUCCCUCUUUUCGAAAGCGCCCUGAAGAGAUGCACAAUGCGAAUUGUUUACCCCUCACAGAAGGACAUCGUGCUUCCAGAACACCAGUUGCUACUCCACUCAAAUGCGGGAGAGAUAUCAAUUCGAGAUCUCGAUGCGAUGACGAUCUCGCGGCUCGUUCGAGUUCCUGGUAUUGUCAUCGGUGCCUCGGUUUUGUCCUCAAAAGCAACCGCACUACACAUUCAAUGCCGUAACUGUCGCCAAACAAAAGUUUUACCUGUCGCUGGUGGUUUUGCAGGGGUUUCCCUUCCUCGGGUAUGCGAUAGACAAAGAAUGCCCGGAGAGGACCAAUGCCCCAUGGACCCAUAUGUCGUCGUUCACGAAGCGUGUCAAUUCGUUGAUCAACAGAUCAUCAAGCUCCAGGAGGCUCCAGAUCAAGUCCCUGUUGGAGAACUGCCAAGGCACGUUCUCAUCUCAACAGACCGAUACUUGACAAAUCGCGUGGUCCCUGGAUCAAGAUGUACGAUUACGGGUAUUUUCUCUAUUUACCAGAAUAAACAGUCCAAGGGCUCUAAUACAACAUCCGCGGUGGCAAUCCGGACACCAUAUUUGCGAGCAGUGGGCAUCCACAGCGAUGUUGACCACACUGCAAAAGGCAAUGCUAUUUUCUCAGAAGAGGAAGAACAGGAAUUCUUAGAGAUGAGCCGACGACCUGACCUGUACAAUGUCUUUGCAAACUGCAUAGCUCCUUCAAUCUACGGCAAUCAGGAUAUCAAGAAAGCAAUUGCCUGUCUGCUUCUUGGUGGAUCAAAGAAGAUACUUCCUGAUGGGAUGAAGCUCCGCGGGGAUAUCAACGUCCUUCUUCUCGGUGAUCCAGGUACAGCGAAAUCCCAACUGCUUAAAUUCGUCGAGAAAGUGGCACCUAUCGCUAUCUAUACAUCCGGGAAGGGUUCCUCAGCAGCAGGUCUCACAGCCUCCGUCCAGAGAGACCACACAACCCGAGAAUUCUACCUGGAGGGAGGAGCGAUGGUGCUUGCUGACGGCGGUGUUGUCUGCAUCGAUGAAUUCGACAAGAUGCGUGACGAGGAUCGAGUAGCCAUCCACGAAGCCAUGGAGCAACAAACAAUCUCCAUCGCCAAAGCAGGCAUCACCACGAUCCUGAACGCACGAACAUCGGUUCUUGCAGCUGCCAACCCCAUUUUCGGAAGAUAUGAUGAUCUCAAGACACCCGGAGAAAACAUCGACUUCCAGACUACCAUCCUCUCCCGUUUCGACAUGAUCUUCAUCGUGAAGGAUGAGCACGAGCGGGGACGAGACGAGAAGAUCGCGAAAUACGUUAUGAAUGUGCACAUGGGCGGACGAGGACAAGAGGAACAAGCUGAGGCUGAGAUCCCAGUCGAUAAGAUGAAGCGAUACAUUAGUUAUUGCAAAUCUCGAUGCGCACCUCGGCUCUCCCCCGAAGCCGCCGAAAAGCUCUCCUCCCACUUCGUCUCCAUCCGCAAGCAAGUGCACGCCGCCGAGCUAGAAGCCAACGCGCGGUCCUCGAUCCCCAUCACAGUCCGGCAGCUCGAAGCCAUCGUGCGCAUAACCGAAUCGCUCGCCAAGCUCACCCUCUCCCCCGUCGCCACGGAGCAGCACGUCGACGAAGCCAUCCGGCUCUUCCUCGCCAGUACCAUGGACGCCGUGAACAUGGGCUCGAGCCAAGGCAGCAAGGAGCUGAACGAGGAAGUCCACAAGCUCGAGGAGGAGCUGAAGAAGAGGUUGCCGAUCGGUUGGUCCACGAGCUUGGCUACCCUCAAGAGGGAGAUCUGUGAUGGGAAGGGUUAUAGCGAACAGGCUCUCAAUAGAGCACUCGUCGUGCUACAGCGCAGGGAUACUAUCGCUAUUAGAGGUCAGGGCAGCCAGGUUUAUAGGAGUGGCGCUUAGGGAUGCAUGUUGGGGGUUUGCUUUGUGGGAUUGGGUUCUAUAGGUAUGAGGUGUUUGGCGUAGUAGGGAGGGAGGGUAGCUUCGGUUCCUGGAUAGGGGCUGGGAAGAGCAAGAAGGGAGGGAGGGAAGGAGGGAUAUAACGAUGCAGUCACAGUACAGUACAGUAUAGAUAGUCACAGUAAUGAUGAAAAGUAUAACGGUCC